AUGAUUGCAAAGACCGCCCUCCAGCGAGCUGUGGCAGCUCCAACGCGUAACGUCCUCGCCCAGCAAUCCGUACGCGCUGCCUCGGCUUGGUCGCAAAUCCCUCAGGGGCCUCCAGAUGCCAUUCUGGGCAUCACCGAAGCGUUCAAGAAGGACAGCAACUCGAAGAAGAUCAAUUUGGGCGUGGGCGCCUACCGAGACGACAAGGGCAAGCCGUAUGUGUUGCCGUCCGUCAAGGAGGCCGAGCAAAAGGUCGUUCAAGCGAAUCUCGACAAGGAGUACGCCGGCAUCACUGGUGUUCCUGAUUUCACCAAGGCCGCUGCUCUGCUCGCAUACGGACCAGACAGCGCAGCAUUGAAGGAGGGUCGGAUCGCCAUCACCCAGAGCAUCUCUGGCACUGGCGCUCUGCGCAUUGGCGGUGCUUUCCUGCAGCGCUUCUACCCAGGCGCCAAGGCCAUCUACAUCCCGACGCCAUCAUGGGCCAACCACAAGGCUGUCUUCUUGGACAGCGGACUCGAGGUCAAGCAAUACAGAUACUACAACAAGGACACCAUUGGACUCGAUUUCGAUGGCAUGGUCGCGGACAUCAAGGCCAUGCCAAAGGGCUCCAUUGUGCUGCUGCACGCCUGCGCACACAACCCCACGGGCGUUGACCCGACCCAAGAGCAGUGGAAGGCGAUCAGCGAUGCCGUCAAGGAAGGCGAUCACUUCCCGUUCUUCGAUAUGGCUUACCAAGGCUUCGCAUCUGGCGACACUGACAAGGACGCCUUCGCUCUGCGCUACUUCCUUCAGCAGGGCCACCAGCCAUGCCUUGCCCAAUCUUUUGCCAAGAACAUGGGUCUGUACGGUGAGCGGGUUGGCGCCUUCUCCAUCGUCACCUCGUCUCCUGAGGAGAAGGCUCGCGUGGACUCGCAGGUCAAGAUCCUCGUUCGACCACUCUACUCCAACCCACCCGUCCACGGCGCGCGCGUGGCGAGCACCAUCCUCAAUGACCCGGCUCUGAACCAGCAAUGGCUUGGAGAAGUCAAGGGUAUGGCGGACCGGAUCAUCAAGAUGCGUGCUCUGCUCAAGGAGAACCUGCAGAAGCUUGGCAGCAAGCAUAACUGGGAUCACAUCACCUCGCAGAUCGGCAUGUUCGCCUACACUGGACUGACUGCCGAGCAAAUGACGAAGCUCGCGGAAGAGCACUCUGUGUACGCGACCAAGGAUGGCAGAAUAAGCGUGGCCGGCAUCACUUCUGAGAAUGUUGGUCGUCUCGCCGAGGCAAUCUACAAGGUCAAAGGUUGA